GGAAUUAUUUAUGGGUGACGCACCACGAUGGCGUUGGUGAACUAAAGGGCUGUUCUUCUUAUUUUCUGUUACCAGUUUAUUCCUCUGAAACUUAAUGUGGUGCUGCUGGGAUGUGUGUUUGUUAUUCUAUUAGUUUAAUGGUCAUUGGGAGCUGAAUUGAUUGUAACUUAUGGUGUCUGACAUAAGGCUGAUGACCAUGUUCCCUUCAAAUGUACAGAUUUUGCAGCAGCUGCUAAAGUUUAGACCCACAUUUGGCUGCUCCCUUUCAUUUAGCAAAGCCUUGUGCUCCAGACUGCUUUUAGGCAUUGAGACAAGCUGUGAUGACACUGGAGCUGCUGUGCUGGAUGAGACUGGUGCAAUACUGGGGGAGUCACUACAUUCACAGAAAGAAGUACAUCUCAGGACCGGAGGCAUCAUCCCCAAUGUGGCACAACACCUCCACAGAGAAAACAUAGAGCGUGUGGUACAUGAGGCUUUGGAAAGAAGUGGUGUGGAGCCAAGUCAGCUCUCGGCUGUGGCCACCACGGUGAAACCAGGCUUGGCUCUGAGCUUGGGUGUAGGUCUUGGGUUCAGUCAGUGGUUUGUGAGGCAGCACAAGAAGCCAUUCAUCCCCAUCCACCACAUGGAGGCCCACGCCUUGACUGUUAGAAUGUUUCAUCCUGUUGCCUUCCCCUUCCUGGUUUUGCUCAUUUCUGGUGGUCACUCGCUUCUUGCUGUGGCUCGAGGAGUGGAUGACUUUCUGCUUCUGGGUCACAGUCUGGAUGAAGCUCCAGGGGAAACACUGGAUAAAGUGGCAAGGCGUUUGUCCCUCAUAAAACACCCACAGUGCUCCACACUGAGCGGAGGACAAGCCAUAGAGCUUCUGGCAAAGGAUGGUGACAGGAUGAAAGUCUCUUUCACGACACCUAUGGGGCAAAUUUAUGACUGUUGCUUUUCUUUCGCUGGACUACGGAAUGAAGUUACAAGGACAAUAAUGAAAAAGGAGGCAGAGGAAGGUAUUGAACAGGGGACACUGCUGUCAUGUGUGAAUGACAUUGCAGCUGCCACACAGCACACUGUUGCCGCUCAUCUUGCGAAGCGCACACAUCGUGCCAUCUUGUUCUGUCAGGCAAAUGGCUUGCUGCCAUUAAGCAGUCCCACCUUGGUGCUGUCUGGAGGAGUUGCAAGCAACACAUACAUCCAAAAGGCUUUGACCAUUAUCACGGAGACAACAGGACUACGACUGCUCUGUCCUCCAGCCAAAUUCUGUACUGAUAAUGGAGUGAUGAUUGCAUGGAAUGGUAUCGAACGCUUGAGAGAAGGGAUAGGGAUACUGCCUCCAAAUGUGGGUGUCUUCUACGAGCCAAAGGCGCCGCUUGGUCUUGACAUGACAGCAGCGGUGAAGGCAGCAGCGAUCAGGUUGCCUUCAGUCAGGAUCAAGAUCCCCAGCUGACAAACUAUUUUGUCAUGUGCAAAAACGGUUUGAAGUAUAUGCUGUGUGUAUACUACAUCUACUCAGUUGUCAUCUUAUUAGGUACACCUCUAUAAAACGAAUGCAGUCUAGUCCAACAGGCCUGCGUUAAAUCCUUCUUGAAGCUGAUGUUCAGUUGUACAAGCUGUUGAUUCAACUGUGUAGUGAUUUUGGAAGAUGUUGAAUGUACUGCUGUUGACCUGUACUGGAUUUUAUUGUAUACAGACUGAGAUUUAGUAAGAUUAUUAUUAUUAUUCAUUACUUAUAAAAAUAAUUUCAGUAUAAAUUACUUUUAGCUUGUACAUAAUAAACUGCCAAUACUGUAUAAAGCACAUUAUACAGCUGUUUGUUAAAUGUUUUUAUAUAUCUGAAUUUCUUUCCAGUCUCUCUGACAAAACCAACUAAAAACAUAACAUU